CCAACAUCAACUUGCCCACUUCCUCAUUCAGUUCUUGUUUUCUUCUAUUGUAUUGUAUACCCCCUUUUGUUAUUUUGAGAUCCCAAAAAAAUGGACAACUUUGGUACCAAAAAUAUGCAAAACCCACCCUUGAAAUCUAACAAAUGUUUGUUGGGAACACAAAUUUUGUUUAGAAUUUUGGCAACUGCAUUCACAUUGGCUGCCACUUUGAUUAUUCUCACCAGCAAACAGACUGUCACUGUAUUUGGCAUUGAAAUGGAUGCUCGCUAUAAUUAUUCUUCAGCUUUUAAGUUCUUUGCAUUUGCCAAUAUGAUUGGAUGUGCCUUCUCUGUUCUGUCCCUGUUUCUUGUCUCUGUUUUAGGCCAUAAGGGACUUGACCCAAAGAACUACUUUUACAUGCUCCUUCAUGAUUUGAUUGUGAUGGCACUACUACUGGCUGGAUGUGCAGCAGCAACCGCAAUAGGAUAUGUGGGGAAAUAUGGAGAGAUGCAUUCUGGAUGGAUGCCCAUUUGUGACCAUGUUUCUAAAUUCUGUCACAAAGUUACAACUAGUGUAAUGCUUUCCUAUUUUGCAGUGAUCCUCUACCUCUGCCUCAUUAUAAUCUCGGCAAAUCAAUCCAGGAAAGUCCAAGUUUAAACACUUCACAAGCAGAACCCAAAGAACUGAUGGAGCAGAUCGAUUAUAUUUGAUGUUGUACUGAUUGUACACUGUAGUGUAGUUUGUUUUUGUUUUGUUGUUGGUGUAAUCAUCACUCGCUUCUAGUUGUUGCUACUCUGAAUAUAUAUAAAAUUAUAUUAUGCAUUGUUUAUGUUUUGUA